AUGGCGAAGCUUUCCCUCACCUCUACUCUUCGAAUGCCUUCGGGGUAUAGCAUUCCAAUUCUUGGAUAUGGAGUGUACCAAACCCCCGCUAAUGUCGCAGCAGAGGUGGUCGGACACGCCUUGAAGAUCGGAUAUCGCCAUGUCGACUCUGCUGUAGCCUACCGCAAUGAAGCACCAUCUGCCGAGGGCAUCAACACGUCUGGAAUCCCGCGUGAAAAGGUCUUCUUCACCACCAAGAUACCUCCGAAAGAAAUGAGUUACGAGAGUGCCAAGAAGCACAUUGAGAAUUCCCUAAAGGAGACUGGAUUUGACUACAUCGAUUUGUACCUUUUACAUUCGCCGUAUGGUGGAAAAGAGAAUCGGAUCGGUGCCUGGAAGGCGCUCGUCGAAGGUGUUGAAGCCGGGAAAAUUCGGAGUAUUGGUGUUAGUAAUUAUGGCGUUCAUCAUUUGAUGGAGCUAGAAUCAUACAUUAAGAGCACAAAUGAAAGAGAGGGCAAGGAUAAAGGUGGCUGCUUGAGUUGCAAUCAGGUCGAGCUUCACCCGUGGCUGGCGAGGAAAGAUAUCGUUGAUUGGUGUAACACGAGGGGCGUGAUCUUAGAGGCCUAUUGUCCGAUUGUGCGCGCAACAAAGUCGGAAGAUCCGCUUCUCCUACCGCUUGCGAAGAAGUAUAACAAGACAACGAGUCAAGUUCUGUUACGGUGGAGCUUGCAGAUGGGAUUCGUGCCUUUACCAAAAUCGGUCACAAAAUCACGUAUCGAGGAGAACGCACAACUCUUUGACUUUGAGCUUUCCGCGGAAGAGAUGGAGAGCCUUGACACAGGGGUAUAUGAGCCCUGCGCAUGGGACCCCACGGUCAGUCGUGAUUAA